AAAAAGAAAAAAAAAAAAAAAAAAAGCACCCAAACCAAAAAUUAACCAACCAAACAACCCCCAACAGCCAAGCAUACAUCUCUAUUUUUUUUAUUUUGGUCUUUUCGUUGGAUUUUCCCUUCUUUUUUUUUUUUCUCUCCUUUUUUUUCGUGUUAUCGCUCAGUUUUGAGCGAAGGUUUACAUUUUUAAAAAAUUUGCUUUCCAGCCCGCCUUGAUCUUCUAGCGCGAGUUCAUCGUCUCAAAAAAAAAAAAAUCUCUGGCUGGCGUUUUUCUUUCCUUUUUUUUUUUUUUUUUUUUUUUUUUUUUUUCAAUAUUUUCAAGGGGGAGGAGAUUUUCCACAAGAAAAGGUUGUUUUCAUGUUUGGGAUUCAGGAAAGCAUCCAACGGAGUGGAAGCAGCAUGAAGGAAGAGCCGCUGGGCAGCGGCAUGAACGCGGUGCGGACGUGGAUGCAGGGCGCCGGGGUGCUGGACGCCAACACGGCGGCGCAGAGCGGGGUGGGUCUGGCCCGGGCUCACUUUGAGAAGCAGCCGCCUUCCAAUCUGCGGAAAUCCAACUUCUUCCACUUCGUCCUGGCCCUCUACGACAGACAGGGCCAGCCCGUGGAGAUCGAGAGGACAGCCUUUGUUGGGUUCGUGGAGAAGGAAAAAGAAGCCAACAGCGAAAAGACCAAUAACGGGAUUCACUACCGGCUCCAGCUCCUCUACAGCAAUGGGAUAAGGACGGAGCAGGAUUUCUACGUGCGCCUCAUUGACUCCAUGACAAAACAAGCCAUAGUGUAUGAAGGCCAAGACAAGAACCCAGAAAUGUGCCGAGUCUUGCUCACACACGAAAUCAUGUGCAGCCGCUGUUGUGACAAGAAAAGCUGUGGCAACCGAAAUGAGACUCCCUCAGAUCCAGUGAUAAUUGACAGGUUCUUCUUGAAAUUUUUCCUCAAAUGUAACCAAAAUUGCCUAAAGAAUGCAGGAAAUCCACGUGACAUGCGGAGAUUCCAGGUCGUGGUGUCUACGACAGUCAAUGUGGAUGGCCAUGUCCUGGCAGUCUCUGAUAACAUGUUUGUCCAUAAUAACUCUAAGCAUGGGCGGAGGGCUCGGAGGCUUGACCCCUCGGAAGGUACGCCCUCUUAUCUGGAACAUGCAGCUACUCCCUGUAUCAAAGCCAUCAGCCCGAGUGAAGGAUGGACGACGGGAGGCGCGACUGUGAUCAUCAUAGGGGACAAUUUCUUUGAUGGGUUACAGGUCAUAUUCGGUACCAUGCUGGUCUGGAGUGAGCUGAUUACUCCUCAUGCCAUCCGUGUGCAGACCCCUCCUCGGCACAUCCCUGGUGUUGUAGAAGUCACAUUGUCCUACAAAUCGAAACAGUUCUGCAAAGGGACACCAGGAAGAUUCAUUUACACAGCGCUCAAUGAACCCACCAUCGAUUAUGGUUUCCAGAGGUUACAGAAGGUCAUUCCUCGGCACCCUGGCGACCCCGAGCGUUUGCCAAAGGAAGUAAUACUCAAAAGGGCUGCAGACCUGGUGGAAGCGCUGUAUGGGAUGCCACACAACAACCAGGAAAUUAUUCUGAAGAGGGCUGCUGACAUCGCAGAGGCUCUGUACAGUGUCCCCCGCAACCACAGCCAGCUCCCGGCCCUCACCAACACCUCGGUCCACGCGGGAAUGAUGGGCGUGAAUUCCUUCAGUGGACAACUGGCUGUGAAUGUCUCCGAGGCGUCACAGGCCACCAAUCAGGGUUUCACCCGCAACUCAAGCAGCGUGUCACCACACGGGUACGUGCCGAGCACCACCCCCCAGCAGACCAACUAUAACUCCGUCACCACGAGCAUGAACGGGUACGGCACUGCCGCCAUGUCCAACCUGGGCGGCUCUCCGACCUUCCUCAACGGCUCAGCUGCCAACUCGCCCUACGCCAUCGUGCCAUCCAGCCCCACCAUGGCCUCCUCCACAAGCCUCCCCUCCAACUGCAGCAGCUCCUCGGGCAUCUUCUCCUUCUCACCAGCCAACAUGGUCUCAGCCGUGAAACAGAAGAGUGCUUUUGCACCAGUCGUCAGACCCCAGACCUCCCCGCCUCCCACCUGCACCAGCACCAACGGGAACAGCCUGCAAGUGUUGUGUCUUUGUGGAAAUCUUCAUGGGCCCCACUUGGGCGAGUCAGUGUGCCAACGGCUUUUCUGGAACAUUCCAAGCCUCAAACACCCAUCCCUCUCACCCACGUAAGUAAUCUUGAGGAUUGAAGCACAGAUACAGGAAAAACAGCUCCUAUAAACCCAGGAGCUUCCCUGCAGUCAUGCAGUGGGAUUACUUUAUAAAAAGGUCUCUUCACAGGUAUAGCAGCUUACAGACUACAAACAGCAAUCUUGUCCUAAAAUGUAUUCAUCAAGAAGUGUUCUGCAUCUGGAGUUUAGGAAGUCACAGAUGAGAUGUAGGGAGCUGUGACCCCAGUGUUCUAUGCAGAGUGUUAGGUGCAGGUACAUAUGGGUCUUCUUCUGGAGAGAGAUUCCAUGGUGUCUGCUAGGCUCUACGAGAAGUCUGAGGGCCAACAAAGGCACGGUAGGAAGGUAUGGACAGGCCAAAGCCUCCCCCUAGAUACCCUCCAAUAUGUCUGUUUUUAAUUUUAACUGUUCGCUAACACGUAUGAACUGGGCUGUUUUGUAUUUUAAAACAUUCAGAUCUCCAUCUUCUCUUGAAAGAAUUCAGAAAAGCUGGUGGUUGUGAGCAGGCAUUUCUGUACAGCAGCGUUGGGGGAGCCCGCUCUAAAGAAGGCAUGCCCUUGGCAGAGUCGCUUUGGUCCCUACCAGGGCACAUCGCUCACUUAUGUUCCCAGUCUGGGCUCCCAGGGCAUUGGAGUCUGCACCCCCUGUCAUCCAGAUUAAGAAGCACUGUUAGCUAUGGACUAGCACAUCAGUUAGCUUUGCUUUAUAACUUUUAAUGGGGCCCCAGAUUGCUAGAUCUUUUUUAUUUUUUUUGUUUUUUGUUUUUUUCCUUCUGGCCAUCCAGAAUUUAAAAAAAAAUCCUGAUGUUUUCAGGGCCCAAUUAAUAAACUUAAUAAAUGUUGGCCAGACCCACUGACCAAAUCAGCAGGAAGUUUGUCAGUUGUCUGCUUUGCUUUGCAUCGUAUUGACACUGCCUGAGCUACCCGGCUGGCUGUCCAAUAGGGCACUGCCCUUUAAUGCCAGGCACACAAAGUAGAUUUUGGUGGAAGGCAAAAGUGAGAUUUGCUUCUCUUGCCAGAGGCUUAGAACUCCCACAGAAAGACCUGUCUUUAAUAAGGGUGUCGGAACCCACCUCCAGCCUAGAUGAAAGAUCCUUAGGGAGGCAGAGCCGGGCUGAGCUGUCACAGUGCAAAGAGCCCCUGCCCCCUUGCCUUUGGAGCUAUAGCAUCUUGGAGUUUCAAGUUAAGGCUUGGGUUGAAAAUCUGAGCUCCCCGUUUCAGUCAGAUCUAAGGCUCACUUGAAUCUUAGGGGGACUGCUUUUCCAACUGAUCUCGAAUCUUUGGGGGUUUAAGUUGGCCUGCAUUUGGCAAGAGACACUUCCUGUUUCUAAGAAAAAUGGCUUAUGAGGGCUUACGAAAAGACUCCAGGAGCUUUUGGACUGCAGAACGGCUCUUGCAAAACAACAUUUGGAUGAUUUACGUGUAUAUGAAUCAGAAACAUGUGGAUUAAAUUUCCCUGUGAAUACAGAUGGGUUUAAAAAUUAACGGAAAAAGUGUUUGGCAAAAUACAUUUUUUAAUUGAAUUUAAA